AUGAACGACCUCAGCUCCUGGGUCGGCGGCCUUGCUUCGAGGGUAUGGGAGCCCCAGCAGAAGGGUCUGCCUUUCGGAUCUCAACUACACGCAAGUCCGCCGAGAAGGCAACGGACUCUCACGGGACCUCUGGAUCCCUCGCAGGAGACCAUAUGGCAUAGGCUCCAAGUCAUGUCCUCGGUGGAGCCAGAGCAGCGAACUCAUCUGCAAGAACAAUGCAACUUCCUUUCGAUGCUACCACUCGACAUCCGCAUGAUUAUCUACGACACGGUACUAGGCGGCAUGGUCUUCCAUAUCGGUACAGAAACGGACGUCAGGAACCGCAUCCUGACUCACAUAUGCCACCACCCUGAGACGGUUGGCCAAGGCGAUCACCAGGACUGCUUCGCGCCGACCUUCAGGAGGCCAUCCUCUGCCCCUCGGGAUGACUAUCCACAAGCGACAGGUCUGCUACCACUGCUGGUCACCUGCCGACGGAUCUACUCCGAAGCUAUCGGUACGCUGUACAGCGCCAACACCUUCGACUUCUGGCAGAACCGAGUGGCCUUCCAUUUCCUCAAAGGCAUGCUACCACCGCAAAGACUGCACAGCAUCCGUCGCUUCCGAUGGGGCAUGCAACUCCCGCACCACCCCAAUCUCAACGCGCGUUCCCGCAAAGACUGGAACGAUCUUUUCACGUUCUUCUCACGGGAGCUGUCUGGACUGCAGCAUCUGCACAUCAAGCUUAACAGGAACCACCCAUUCGAGGCUAUGGUGGAACAGACGCUGGAUGAUGACGCAGCGCCUUGGAUUCAGCCGAUGGUCCUAAUGGCUAUCGAGGCCAACCGGAAGCGUGGCUGUAAGGUGGAGGUCGUUACCAAUGGCGCGGUGCAUGACAUUGAAGUCAUCUUCACAGCGAUCCGAAAGGCGCACGUUAAUGCUUCUCGGAAUCGUGUGGUGGACUUGACAUGCACCGAGAUGCAUCGCCGGAUACGGCUUUCGUUUGACAGCCAUGAUUGA